AGUUGCCCGGGCAACGGACUUUGCCGCCGCCGCGGUCCGUGCCACUCUGCUGACGGUUCCCCGGCCCCCGGGCGGCGCUGUGAGACGGAGUCGGAGGAGGCCCCACAGCUGCCCGGCGCCUGGGAAGCACGAGGGUGGGAGUCGGUCUGAGGAUCUGCCGGAGAGGCGACCCCCAUAGACCCGAGUGCUUUCUCCCCGCUGGUCAGACUGAGCCCGGGUAGUCUGAUUGCGGGGGCUUAGGUUGAGCGGAGUGAGAACGAAAGAGAUCUCAAAGCCCCUUCUUUAGAAGAGGAGAGAUAUUCUCUGCACCUGGGAAAACAGCUGCUGCAUUUCACCCAAGACAGGGUGGAUGAUGUGCCUCUCCCUUGUGUUUAUAUACUGUUUGUAGUAGUCAAGAGCUGAAAAUCUGAAGACACAAUGGGAAGAGAAGAGAACUAAAGCAGCCUUGCUCAGCUAUGCAAGAGGCGUGAUGGAGGUUGAGUCCUCAUACACAGACUUCAUCUCCUGUGACAGAACGGGUCGUAGGAAUGCUGUCCCUGACAUCCAGGAUGACUCUGCAGCAGUGAGUGUGAGGAAACUGACGGGGAACAUGGGGGAGCUGGCACUUGAAGGAGCAGAAGGGCAGGAAGAAAGAAGCACAUCAGACAAGGAAGCUGGUACCACGCCUGAGGGGAAUGAGGGGACCACCACAUCCUGAGAGCUACUUCCAUCCCAUUCCCUUUGUUCAGUGGCUGAAGGAAGAGGCAACCAGCCCAUGCUUCCCAAAAGACAAACUUGACAGCAUCCUCCCCAAGGACCACUUCCCUCCCAUACAGUAACCCUUCUGGGCACAAUGAAGCCAUGUGGACCUCCCCAGAAACUUCUUUCUCUCUCAUCCUCUCUCCCUUCCUCAGAGGAAGUCUGUGCUCGAGGCAGAUUUGCCCUGCUAUGGGGACCUCAGACUGAGGCUAGCCUCCAGAGGUGCCUUAAGAGCCCUACCCUGGCUAGGGAAACCCUGUGAUUUUACUUACCAUGAACCUUCACUUCUUCCAAGCCCACUUAUCUUAUUGUAUUUGUCAAUUCCAAACAAUAUUUAUUUUAUACCUGUGGGUAGGAUUGGGGAGGUACCACCUGCUCCCUUCCUCUGGAGGACAGCUAGAAGCCAGGUAUCCUCCUAGUUCCUUUUAAAGGAAACAUCAUCAACCCUCACAUUGAACCUCUCAAUUCACUUCAUUAAAUUUCCUGAGUGCCUACUCUAUGCAGGGCUCUGAAGGAAGCAAAAAAAAUGAAUGAAACCUGGUUACUGACCUUAGGGAGUACCUAUCCUCAGGGCUGCUGAUCGCUUCAUCUCUAAUCCUCAGGAUCAAGGGAGAGAUCCUUCCCAACCCAUCUGGAUUAGUUCCUUUUUAAACUUUGACUUUAAAUAUUAUCCAUGUUUUGUUUUUGGGUUUUUUUGGGGGGGGGGGUUGGAAGGGAGGGGAUGUGGGGACAGUUAAGAAGAGAGGAAAAAAACCAGUGGAGAUCUGCCUUUUAUUUCCAUGGGGAGGGGGUGGUAAGGAAACAGAAGGGAUAUUUUAAUUUAAACUUUUUGACCUGUGUAGCUCAGAGACAAUGAUUCCCGAACUCUUCCAAACCCAUUCUUAAGGGAAUCAUUUUGUUUCCCAAUUUUACUAAAUUAUGUCUCCUUUCUAUAAAGAUACUUGAUGCUUACCACUUGGAAAAUAAAUUCUUACCUUUUGUGUGGUU